AUGCCCCUCCUCGACCUCCCCGUAGAGCUCCUCCACGACAUCUUCACCCUCGCCUGCACCGACGGCGGCCCCACCGGCUGCGCCCUCUCCCUCGUCUCGCGGCCCGUCCACGCCCUCGCGCGCGCCGCCCGCUUCCACUCCGUCGUCCUCGUCCCCGCGACGCCCUUCCGGGUGAACCGCCUGCGCGCCCAACUCGCGCGCGACUGCGCGGCGGACGCGUACGUCCCCAGGCUCCGGCACCUCUGCAUGAGCGUCGUCGAGGGCUCGGGGCGCUUCUGGCCUGCGGAUGCAGACACAGAGCCUUCCGCGGCGGCGACGGCGGUGGAGCCCAACCGGGACGGGCGCAAGAGCAGGCCGGCGCACAAGGAGGACAAGGAUAAUUUGAAGGACUGCGCGCGCGCCGGGACGGCGUUCCGGGACGCGCGGACGUACACGCAGAGCGUGUCCGCGCUGCUCCAGCUCGCGGCGCCCGACCUCGAGACGCUCACAUUCGUGCACUGCCACGGCUGGGUCGACGUCGCGAGCAUGUACGGCGUCGAGUGCGCGCGGUUUCCGGCGCUGCGCGAGCUCUCGCUCGUCGGGAGCUACCCGUUCGUCGAGGUGCCGCGAACGCGCGGGGACUACAGCGCGAGAGCACGACCGGACGACGCGCGGGACGCAGAACAGGAAGAAGACGGUGAUGGCGUCGAGGAACAGGGGACGGCGAUGCCCCGCCUCGAGAGGCUGCACCUCGCGUUCCCGUGGGCGCACAUCGCCGGGAUGGAGCUCCUCCCGUGGCUCGCGCGCGCGCCGCGCCUCAGCCACCUCCGCUCUCGAACGUGUACCGCAUCCCGGACGGGCUUCGCCAGGUCCUGGUGCGUGCGCUCCACAUUCUCCCUGCCCCGCGACGUCGCGCGUGCUCAUUACCGUCCACAUCGAUCCCCGAACCUCGUCCCGCCCGUCGACCUCCGCAGGCGCACGCGACGCCUCGCCGCCGCUCGGGUUCCCGAAGCUGGACAGCGUGCGGCUGCAGCCGCGCGCCGCGCGCCAGGCGCUCAACGGCCGCUUCCCGCGCGCGACCCGGCAGCACCAGCGCGUCACGCAGGCGCUGGACGCGCUCUGCGCCGCCGCCGCGCGCCCGGUCGUGCGCGUCCGCCCGACACGCGGUUGUGGGACGCGAACUGGGAGGAGGUCGCGCGAAGGGAGUGGCUCGAUAGGCUCGAUGGGGGCCCGGGUGCUGGUGAGGCACAGGCCCGCGCCUACAUGGGAUGA